ACUAUUACUGUAAUAUUAUAGUGCACACCUACUACUGCAAGUCAUGAUGAGAGUGUGUUACCUUUUUCUCAGAAAAGAAUUUUCAAAUUUUAAAAAAUUGGUUAAAACAGCUCAGAGUCCAACCAAUCACUGCCUUUUUUUCCUGUAAAUCCUACAAAAUUUCAAGCCCGUUUCUACAAAUUUUUAUAUAACGCCAAAAGUUUACAGUCCGGCAUUAAUUUUCCGGCGACGGUUAAAUUCCAAGAUUUCCAGUUCCAUUUUCUUGUAUGAACUGAACUGAUUCUGGGAUAUCAGGUGCAGAGUAAUUUUUUCAUUGAAAAUCAAAAUGUUAUGCAGGAAGAGCUCAAUUCUGAAUGGGCGUGGAUCUGUUUCCGUGUACCUUAAUGUAUAUGAUCUGACCUCCAUUAAUGGCUAUGCUUAUUGGCUUGGCCUUGGAGUCUACCAUUCUGGUGUUCAAGUUCAUGGAGUGGAGUAUGCAUUUGGAUCUCAUGAGUACCCAACAACUGGGAUUUUUGAAGGGGAGCCAAGAAAGUGUGAAGGAUUUACAUACAGAAAAUCACUUUUGAUUGGGUGGACAGAUAUGACUAGAGGGGAAGUGAGGGGUGUAAUGGAUGAACUUGCAGAAACAUAUAAAGGAAAUGCAUACAAUUUGAUUUCAAAGAAUUGCAACCAUUUUUGUAAUGAUGCUUGCAUUAAGCUCACUGGAAAUCCUAUCCCAAAUUGGGUUAAUCGGCUUGCUAGAAUUGGUUUGUUUUGCAACUGUAUAAUUCCAGUGAAUUUGAAUUCAACAAAAGUUGGGAACCUCAAAAUGGAAGACAAGGUUUGUGAAGCCGAGAAAAAGAAACUUUGCAGUCGAGUUUCGUCGUCAUCUAAUUCAUCAUCAUCAUCAUCAUCGUGUUCGACAACCCGAGGCAGUCCAAGCAGAAGCUCUUUGCCUCCAUCUUCUGCUUUGAUUCUUGAUUCUAUUCAAUGAUUCAAAUCUCAAUGAGAGUGGAUUUACAAAGACAGAUCCUUGUUCCUUCCCUUUUUU